AUGAGUCGGGGACCUACUGCACCCACACUUGCCCGCAAUGACUUCCACGAGCCACCACCUCCAUUUCUGGACGUUUACAACAUAAUCCCUAUCCAUGACCUCCUAUCUGACCAUCCGUCCCUCCGGUACCCUGAGGUGCGAGCCGCCGCCGCCGCCUUAGGAGACGUCAGUAGCCUGUCGAGGCCGCCGUUUGUUACUCGGGACCUGCACAUGGACUUGAUGGACUGGUUGGAAGUGCUCUUCGGGUUUCAAAGUGACAACGUGCAGAACCAGAGAGAGCACCUGGUGCUCCACCUAGCCAAUUCCCAAAUGCGGCAGAAACCGCCCCCGACAAUUCCUGACGAACUGGACCUGAAAGUUCUUCGUCGUUUCCGGAGUAAGUUAUUGAGUAACUACACCUCUUGGUGCUCCUAUGUAGGCCAGAAAUCCCAGCUAGCUCUUUCUAAGCGCAACAAUAACAGCAAUGAGCUCCGGCGUGAGCUGUUGUAUGUUGCUCUCUACCUUCUAAUAUGGGGGGAAUCAGGUGAUCUCCGGUUCAUGCCCGAGUGUAUAUGCUAUAUAUAUCACCACAUGGCCAUGGAACUAAAUCAGGUUCUUGACGAAUGGACUGACCCCAACACUGGUAGGCCAUUUUUGCCUUCAAUAUAUGGUGAUUAUGCGUUUUUGAAGUCUAUUGUUAUGCCCUUUUACCAAACCAUAAAGACUGAAGUUGAUAGUGGUAACAAUGGGACCAAACCGCAUUCGGCUUGGAGGAAUUAUGAUGAUGUAAAUGAGUUCUUUUGGAGCAGGAGGUGUUUUAGGAAGCUGGGAUGGCCUAUUAAUUUUGGGAGUAAUUAUUUUGCUACGGUUGCGAAGAGUAGGAGAAUAGGCAAGACUGGAUUUGUGCAGCAGAGGUCGUUUUGGAAUGUGUUUAGGAGUUUUGAUAAGCUCUGGGUUUUGCUGAUUUUGUUUUUGCAGGCUAGUUUUAUCGUUGCUUGGGAGGGUAAUAAGUAUCCGUGGCAGGCACUGGAGAGGCGUGAUGCGCAGGUUAAGCUAUUGACUUGUUUCAUUACAUGGGGUGGGCUUCGAUUUUUGCUAUCUAUUCUUGAUGCAGGGAGUCAGUAUAGCUUGGUUUCUAGGGACACAAUGUUGCUAGGGUUGAGGAUGGUGUCAAAAUGUAUGGUUGCUUUGACAUGGACUAUUGUGUUUGGGGUGUUCUACGCAAGUAUUUGGAGUGCAAAGAAUUCUGCGGGCUUUUGGUCUGAUGAUGCAAAUCAUAGAAUUGUCACAUUUCUCGAGGCUGUCUUUGUGUUUGUUAUCCCUGAGCUGCUGGCUUUGGUGUUUUUUGUAGUUCCUUGGAUUAGGAAUGCACUUGAGGAAUUGGACUGGAGUAUUUUGUAUGUGUUGACAUAG